CAAAAAGCAUUUCGUUUUCUUAAGCCGAACAGUUGAGACCGAAUUAAGUUAUAAUCAUGGGCCGUCGUCGUCGUCAAAAAACAAGCCAACCCAAUGUAGGAGCACUUCCAGAAGUGGGAGAACCGCUUCCAGUAAACGAAGUGGAAAAUGAAGGGGCACUGCCAGAAAACCAAAUGGCUUUUCCGGAAAACGAAGAGGUGCCUCCCCAUAACGAAGUAGCACUGCCAGAAAACGAAAUGGCCAUUACAGAAAACGAAGAAGUACUUCCAGAAAACGAUGAAGCCCUUCAAGAAAGCAAGGCGGCGAUUACAGAAAACGACAUGGCGCAUCCAGAAAAACAAGAAACACUUCCGGAAAAUGAAGGGGCACUUCCAGAAAACGAAGUGGCGUCUCCCGAUAGCGAAGUAUCACUACCAGAAAACGAAGUACCCAUUGCAGGAAACGAGACGGCACUUCCAGAAAACGAAGAAGUACUUCCAGAAAACAAAGUGGCGCUUCCACAAAAUGAGGUGAUACUUCCAGAAACAGAAGUAGCACUAUCAGAAAGCGUAAUGGCGCUUUCAGAAAACGACAAAGCCCUUCCAGAAAAGGAAGUGGCGCUUCCCGACUCCCGAGUGGCAAUUCCAGAAAACGAGGUGGCAUUUCCCGAAAACCAAGGGGUUCCUCCAGAAGACGAAAUGGCACUUCCAGAUAUUGGAGUGCCAGUUCCAGAGCACCGAAUAACUAUUCCAGAAAACGAAGAAGCACUUCAAAUACACGAAGUGGCGCUUUCAGAAAACCGAGUGGCAAUUCCUGAAAACCAAAUGGUUCCUCUAGAACACGAAGUAGCACUUCCAGGAAACGAAAUGGCACUUCCAGAAGUAGCAAUUUUAGUAUACCGAGUGGCAGUUCUAGAGCACCAAGUUGUAGGUUUAGAGCACCGAGUAGCAGUUCUAGAGCACGUAGCGGCAGUUCGAGAAAACGGAGAAGUGCCUCUAGUAAACGAAUUGGCAUUUCCAGGAAACGCAAUCGAACUUCCAGAAAAUCGAGUGGCUGUUCUUGAAAACCAAAACGAAAUAGCUCUUCCAGAAAACGAAAUGGCAGAAAUUGAAGUGGCAGUUCUAGAGCACCGAGUGGCAGUUUUAGGACACCGAAUGGCUGUUCUAUUACACAGAGUGUUAGUUCUAGAGCACCGAGUGACAAUUUCAGGAAACGAAGAAGCAUUUCCAGAAAACGCAGUGGCACUUGCAGAAAAUCGAGUGGCAGUUGCAGAGCGUAGAGGAGUAGUUCCAGAGCACCGAGUAGACAUUCUAGAAAACGAGGUGGCUAUUCCAGAAAACGAAGUAACACUUCCAGAACAUCAAGUGGCAAUUCCAGAACACCGUGUGGCAUUUCCUGUAAUCGAAGUGGCAUUUCCUGUGAUCGAAGUGGCACUACCGGAAAACGAAAUUGAACUUCCAGAAAUCGGAAUGCAACUUCCAGAAAUCGGAAUGCAACUUCCAGAAAACAGAGUUGCACUUCCAGAACACCGAGUGCCGCCUCCAGAAAACGAAAUACCACUUCCAGAAAACGGAGUAGCACUUCCAGAAAACGAAGUGGCACACCGAGUACUAUUUCCUGAAGUCUUAGUGAUAUAUCCAGGAAUCGAAGUAGCAGAAAACCGAGUGGAAGUACCAGGAAACGAAAUUGAUAUUGCAGAAGUCGGUGUGGUACUUCCAGAAAAUGGAGUGGCACCUCCAGAAAACGGAGUUGCAAUACCAGAAAACGGCGUUGCAAUACCAGAAAACGGUGUACCACUUCCAGUAGACUUUGUGGUACCUAUGCCACUUAUUCCGAACGGAGUACCAAUUGGAGCAGGCGCACCACCAAUGCCGGAUCAAGAACCUUUACUACCAGACCCACCUGUAAGACUGGUAGCUACAGUUAGGUUUUUAGGUUUUGUACAAACCACGUAUUUUGUUAUUGGGAUGAUUUUGCUGCAUAUUAUUGUAACGGUAUUAGGUUGGUAUGUCUACAAAAAUACAAAAGGAAUGUGGUGGUGGGAUGAAACACCACUUAACAUAACCAAAAGUAACAAUUUUACGUUGUAAAAAGUUUUUAUUUAUUGAAUUUAUGUUAUUUAUACUGAUUAUGUUUUAAAUGUUCUUGUGUUGAUACUUAACGUUUUAAUGCAUACCAAAAAUAAGGUAUUAAAUUUCAAACACACUGUAUCUCUUUGUGUCUCGAAAAAAAACUGUUGUCAUGCGAAAUCAUUUUGGUUUCUUAAAUAUAGCAGGUGUGAUCGAAUCAAGUUAUAAUCAUGAGACGUCGUCAAGGGGCAGAAGAUCAAAAUGUAGAACAUCCGGAAAACGGAGAGGUACCUUUAAUGAAUGGAGCGGCUGUUGGAGCAGGUGCACCACCACUACCACCACCAGAACCAGCACUGCCAGUUGGAAUAAUAGAGUUCUAUAGGUCUUUAGAUGGGCCACAAUCCUUUUACUUCAUUGCUUUGAUGAUUGUGGUGCAUCUUCUCUUGACCCUACUACUUUGGUAUGCUGGUUAUAUUUUAUCCCUAAACAUUAAAGAAUGGAUGCAGGAUGGACCAUCGACACAUCGUUAGAGAAAAUUUAAUUUUACUCAAUUUAUAUUCACAUUUCUUUAACAUUGACGUGUGUACAACAAUGAGUAACACCUUGCAAUGUCACAAAUAUUAAUCAAGCUUUGCAACGCAAAGUUUUUGAUGUAAAUAUCGUGUAUAUUGAUACUAUUUUAAACAAUUGUACUUACGUGAUAAUGAAGUAUUAAAAAUAACGUGUCAAAUUUCAAACACACUGUAUCAAUGUGUGCCUCGAGGAAAAAACUGUUGCCAUGCACUUGUUUCUUAAACCAACCGUACCAGGUGUCACUGAAUCAAGUUAUAGUCAUGAGACGUCGUCGAGGUCGUCAAAACGGUGAAGAAGCUCCAGAAAAUGGAAGGCGACGACGAGGAAGUGAAGGAAGUGUGUUUGACGUCCUUAGGGCUACAGGUCUCAUGAAUGCCUUCUACUUUUUUUUGGCAUUCGUUGUAGUACAUUUGCUUUUCACCUUGGUACUGUGGUAUUUCGUAUACGUUAUAUACUUAAAUGUUAAAGAAAUGUUGGAUCCAACAACGCCUGUUAAUCACACAAUCAGUGAAGUUAUAACAUAAACCAUAUUUAUGUUGUAGACUUACAAACAUUAAUCAAACUUUGCACUGCAAAGUUUUUGAUGUAAUGUAUGUAUGUUAGUUAUUUAUAUUGAUGAUGUUUUAAAUUUUAACUGUGCAAUGCUUAAUCAUUGCUUUUUAAUAUUGUAUAAUUUGCCCGAAUGUUUUUAAAUUUGUAAAUAAAUGAGAAAUAUCAGAAGAA